AUGAGGAUGAUUGACGCUGCUAGUGGAGGGGCGCUUGUCAAUAUGGCUCCUCAAAGGGCAAGAGAACUGAUAUCCUCUAUGGCAGUAAAUUCUCAACAGUAUCGGCCAAAUUCAGAAUCCACAAGACAGGUUAAUGUGGUAAACAUUUCAUCCUUAGAAGAUAAAUUGGAUAAGCUUACUAAUAUUGUUCAAUCUAUGCUUAUAGAAAAGAAGAAUCUGACCCAACUGUGUGGAAUUUGUUUUUCGGGACCUCCGCAAAGACGCUAUGAUCCUUUCUCCAACACCUAUAAUCCCGGGUGGAAGGAUCAUCCCAACUUGAAUUGCGAAGCUAAUCUCCGAUAUAAUCCAUCAUACCAACUGAGACUUUUGCAACCACCACAACAACAACCCAAGCCGAACACAUCUCUAGAAGCUGUUGUGGAAAGACUUGUCGUCGAUGCUGUAAAAUAUCAACAGAGGAUAGACGCAUCAAUACAAGAAUUAACUAACCAAGUUAGUAAACUCUCGAUGGCAGUUAAUCAUUUGGAAUCUCAAGGUAAAUUACCUUCCCAGACAGAGCUGAAUCCUAGGCAGAAUGUAAGUGCAAUAACUCUUCGUAACGCAAAGGUUCUGGAAACAGUUCCAGACAAAAGUCAUGGGCAAGAAAAGGAACGAGAAAAGCAAAUCUCUUAUCUAAAAGUCAGACUGGAAUCAGAAAUUCAGAAACCAGUCGUGAUGCCACCUCCUUUUCCAGGGAGGCUCGCAAAGGAUAAGAAAAAGAAUGAGGAAAAAGAAAUCCUCGAAACAUUCAGGAAGGUGGAGCUAAAUAUCCCUUUGCUCAACGCUAUCAAACAAAUCCCUCGUUAUGCAAAAUUCCUCAAGGAAUUGUGUACUAGCAAGAGGAGGUUAAAAGGUAACGAAAGAAUAAAUGUAGGAGAAAUUGUCUCCGCAGUACUGCAAAAGAAAGUUCCGCCCAAAUACAAUGACCAAUGUAUGUUUGCUAUUUCCUGUGAGAUAGGUAAUGUAGGCAUUAAGAAAGCCAUGUGUGAUUUAGGGGCUUCCAUUAAUGUUAUGCCUUAUUCUAUUUAUAAGUUGAUUAACGGGGGUCCUUUAAAAGAGACAGGAGUAAUAAUCCAGUUGGCGGACAGGUCAGUCGUCUAUCCCGAAGGGUUACUUGAAGACGUCCUUGUUAAAUUUAACGAAUUAGUUUUCCCUGCAGAUUUCUACAUUAUUAAUAUGGAGGACAAUAACUCAACUAAUUCGUCUGACAUUUUGCUUGGAAGGUCGUUCCUAAGUACCGCAAGCACAAAAAUUGAUGUUCAGAGCGGAACACUGACAAUAGAGUUUGAUGGUGAAAUCAUGAAAUUCAACGUCUACGAAGCUAUGAGUCAUCCUAACUCACUGUCAAAUAUUUCUAGUAUCGAUAUUAUAGAUUGUUUAACUCAAACUUAUUCUGAAUAUCAUGACUUUGAUGAGUUGGAAACUGUCCUUCCACCAAUCUUGGAGCUUAAAGCAUUGCCGGACCACCUUAAGUACGUCUUUUUGGGAGAGAAAGACACUUUACCGACGAUAGCCGACAUAAAAGGGCUAAGUCCAUCCACUUGUAUGCACAUAAUCUCCAUCGAAGAUAACACGAAACCAAAGAGAAAUGCUCAAAGACGCCUUAAUCCACCCAUGAUGGAGGUAGUAAAGAAGGAGAUCCAGAAACUGUUAGAUGCUGGAAUGAUAUACCCGAUUUAUGACAGUGAUUGGGUUAGUGAGGUUCAUGUCGUGCCCAAGAAAGCUGGCGUGACAGUGGUGAAAAACUCUCAGGAGAGCUGGUCCCUACCCGAGUCCAGAAUGGAUGGAGGGUUUGCAUUGAUUACAGGAAGUUGA